UCAUGCCGCGCGGAUUGCGAAAUCACCUAGCGGCGGCGCCGUCAUCCUCUUCCUGUGUGCACGGUUCCCGGUAAGAGCAGGAUGGCGGUGUUGUCGGGGCAGAAGCGCCGGUUACCGGCAGCGCUCGUGCUUCUGCUGUGUACAGGCUGGUGCUCGGCGUUUUAUCUUCCGGGUCUGGCUCCUGUAAGUUUCUGUGAAGAGGGAAAAGAGAAAGUGAACUGCAAGUCUCAGAUGGAGCUGUUUGUAAACCGACUGGACUCUGUUCAGUCUCUUCUACCAUAUAACUAUGAUGCCUUUGACUUCUGCACGGAUUUCAAUGAGAAGCAUCCUUUAGAAAAUCUUGGCCAAGUGCUUUUUGGUGAGCGAAUUGCAUCGUCCCCGUACAAGUUUACAUUUAACAAGAGUGAAACCUGUAAGUUAGUCUGCCAAAAGGAAUAUGACCCUAAAACUAAUUUCGAUCGUCUGGAGUUCAUUAAAAAAGGAAUACAGCUCAAUUAUCAGCAUCACUGGAUUAUAGAUAACAUGCCGGUGACCUGGUGUUAUGAUGUGGAGGAUGGCCAUAAAUACUGCAGCCCUGGAUUUCCAGUAGGAUGUUCAAUCACCUCCGAUGGGAGAGUGAAAGAUGCCUGUGUUAUCAAUUCUGAAUUUAACAAGAAAGAUACCUUUUACCUGUUCAAUCACGUCGAUAUAAUAAUCACAUACCACAGUGGUAAAGAUGAAAACUGGGAUGGCGCUCGACUGGUUUCAGCAAGCCUUGAACCAAAAAGUUAUAAACACAAUGAUGAUGAGCCAAAAUGUGAAGGCCCCCCAAUGGAGAUCCCCAAAGAACUCACAAGCAAGCUGAAAGUCACAUACUCCUACUCUGUGUCGUUUCAGGAAAACAAUGCUAUUAAAUGGGCUUCCCGUUGGGAUUAUAUAUUGGAAUCCAUGCCACACGCAAAUAUUCAGUGGUUCAGUAUCAUAAACUCGCUGGUAAUUGUCCUCUUCCUCUCCGGUAUGGUGGCAAUGAUUAUGUUUCGAACACUUCACAAGGAUAUUGCCAAACACAACCAAAUCGAUUCUUCAAAAGCUGCCCAGGAGGAAUGUGGCUGGAAGGCGGUUCAUGGUGACAUAUUUAGACCACCAUACAAGGGAAUGCUGCUGGCCGUCUUUCUGGGGCAAGGAACACAGAUUUCCAUCAUGAUAUUCGGCACAUUAUUCCUGGCCUGUCUUGGAUUUCUCUCACCUGCUAACAGAGGGGCAUUGAUGACAUGUGCUGUUGUGUUAUGGGUCUUGUUGGGAACCCCUGCUGGUUACGUAUCUGCCCGGAUGUAUAAGACAUUUGGUGGAGAGGGAUGGCUAUCAAAUGCGCUACUGACAGCACUUUUGUGUCCUGGGAUAAUUUUUGCUGAUUUCAUUAUCAUGAAUGUCAUUUUGUUGACAAAAGGCUCUUCAGCGACUAUUCCACUUGGGACACUGGUGGCUAUCCUGGCUAUGUGGUUUGGUAUCUCUGUCCCACUAACAUUCCUGGGAACAUAUUUCGGAUCUAAACAGAGAGCAAUUGAACAUCCCGUUCGCACAAAUCCGAUUCCUCGUCAGGUUCCCACACAGUCCUUUUUUGCCAAUCCGUUCUCAGGUAUUAUCAUGGGAGGCAUUUUACCUUUCGGAUGCAUUUUCAUUCAGCUGUUUUUCAUUCUCAACAGCAUUUGGUUUCAUCAAAUGUACUACGUGUUCGGUUUCCAGUUUCUGGUUUUCAUUAUACUCCUGAUAACUUGUUCAGAGGCUACCAUCUUGCUUUGUUACUUCCAUCUAUGCAGAGAGGAUUAUCGUUGGUGGUGGCGGUCCUUCCUAACGAGCGGAUUCACUGCUGUUUACGUCUUCAUCUAUGCCGUUCAUUAUUUCUUCUCUAAGCUUCAAAUCACAGGAGCUGCCAGCACCAUUUUGUACUUUGGGUACACAAUGAUCAUGGUUUUAAUUUUUUUUCUGUUUACAGGCACCAAUGGUUUUUUUGCAUGCUACUGGUUUGUCAGGAAGAUGUACAGCAAGGUAGAGGCUGUGAAGAUUUGCAAUGAAUUUGAUGCAGUCACAACGGAUGACUCCAUGAAUGAGAAGACUGUACCGUUCAAAGACUUGGAAUAGCAGCAUAUUGUGGGAUGGCACCGUGUAGAGACUUACUGUAGAUGGGCUCUAGGGGGACUUUACAGUGUUCUGUCAUGUGUUUUAAUCACCAUUUGUAGUAAAUACCCAAGUGUGAACCGCAGAAUGUCACUGACCAGUAAUAAGUCAUAGCUGACCAUGACGUUGUUUGAUAUCCCACAAUGCUUUUAAGGCAGUCUAUAAUUUUUGCUCAUGUUCCUUCCAGACAUUCUAAUAUGUCAGGAUUAUUUGUAGAAAGCAUCUUUAUGUUCUCCUCAUACUGUGAGUUUGGGGAAAUGUUUUUUAACAUAAGAUCUGUUCAUUUUAUUUUUGUUAUUUAAACCUAUUCUAUCAAGUAGCUGCUGAGCAUUUUUAAUGUUAGUUUUUUAUUGUAUUGGUCAGAAAGCGUCUUCCCUGUAUGUACUUGAAAUGGUGAAUCUUCCAAGAAGCUCUGGUGGAAAGCAAGGUACUGGGACCUUGAGUUUUCUAGUUAUGACAAACCAGAACAUGUAGCAUGUAUUUUCCAAUCUGCUGCCCAUGUCAUGUCUUAUGCAACUAAAACGAAGACCACAAAGCUUUCUAAACUGCCCUAUGAAAGUACAACCUGACUUUUGUCUUGGCGAUUUGACAUG